UCGUCAUCUUUGAAGUGAAAUAUAUUUAUUAAUCUUCUUAGUGUAUAACUUUUAAAACAGGAAGUCAAAACGUAUUUUAAUCAAAUUGUGAUUUUAAAAAGUAUUAUUUGUAGUACAAAUUUAAAUAUUAAUAAAAUAUUUCAAUUAAUUUAUAGUUAUUUUAAUUCAUAAUAAUGGCUCCAGUUGGUGACGCUUACGACUACGAUUUAGUUGUUAUUGGUGGUGGUUCCGGUGGAUUAGCUGCAGCUAAAGAAGCAACAGCUUUAGGUGCAAAAGCAUGUGUAUUUGAUUAUGUAAAACCAACUCCAAUUGGUACAAAAUGGGGUUUAGGUGGUACAUGUGUAAAUGUUGGGUGUAUACCAAAAAAAUUGAUGCAUCAAGCUGCUUUGCUGGGAGAAGCAGUUGAAGAUGCUAAAGCCUAUGGAUGGCAAAUACCAGACGCUGAAAAUGUUAAACAUGAUUGGGCCGCUAUGCGUGAAGCUGUACAAAAUCAUAUUAAAUCGGUGAAUUGGGUUACAAGAGUAGAACUUAGAGAUAAAAAAGUAGAAUAUAUUAACGGUUAUGCCACCUUCAAAGAUGCUCAUACACUUACAGCGACGACAAAGCAAGGCGAAAGAACUGUUACUGGUAAAUACAUAUUAAUCGCAGUUGGUGGCCGUCCAAGGUAUCCAGAAAUCCCAGGUGCAGUUGAAUAUGGUAUCACAAGUGAUGAUCUCUUCAGUCUUGAAAAUGCUCCAGGAAAAACACUUGUCGUUGGAGCCGGUUAUAUAGGAUUAGAAUGUGCUGGAUUUUUAAAUGGUUUAGGUUUUGAUGCUACCGUUAUGGUACGAUCAGUCCUUUUACGUGGAUUUGAUCAACAAAUGGCGAAAAUCAUUGAAGAUUCAAUGACAAAUAAGGGUGUUAAGUUUUUACAUCGUUGUCUUCCAAAGUCUGUGAAAAAAUUACCUGAUAAUAAAUUAGAAGUUGAAUGGAGUAAUGAUAAAGGUGAAAGUUUUACUGAUACAUUCGACACACUUUUAUUAGCUGUCGGUCGACGAGCACUUACAAAAGAAUUAAAUUUGGAGAAUGCUGGUGUUGUAACUGUUCAAGAUAAAAUUGAUGCAGUUAACGAACAAACGAAUGUUCCUAAUGUUUUCGCCGUUGGAGAUGUAUUACUAGGUAAACCCGAAUUAACCCCAGUUGCAAUUCAUGCUGGUAAAUUACUUGCACGUCGAUUAUUUGGAAAUUCAACAUUACAAAUGGAUUAUCAAAAUGUAGCCACAACAGUUUUUACACCUUUAGAGUAUGGAUGUGUGGGACUUAGUGAAGAAGCUGCUAUUGAGAAAUAUGGUGCUGAUAACAUUGAAGUAUACCAUGCAUAUUAUAAACCAACCGAAUUUUUCAUUCCACAAAAGCCUAUUGCCUAUUGUUAUUUAAAAGUUGUUGCUAGUUUAGAAGGCGAUCAAAAAGUAUUGGGAAUGCAUAUUAUUGGGCCUCAAGCUGGUGAAAUGAUUCAAGGUUUUGCAGCAGCCGUCAAAUGUAAUCUAACGAUGACAACACUCAUGCAAACAGUAGGAAUUCAUCCCACAGUGGCUGAAGAAUUUACUCGUGUUAACAUCACAAAACGAUCCGGAAAAGACCCAAACCCACAAAGUUGUUGCAGUUAAACCACACUCGAGAUUUUAGCUUUAAAUAAUAAUACAAUAAUAGCCUUUUCAUAAACCAGAAGUUCAUUGAUAAUGUUUGUUGUGUUUUUUUUGUAAAAGUUAAUUAAAAUAAUGAAAACAGAAAAAUUUGAACACCAAAACAACCACCCACCAACACCUUCAAUAUCAACUACCACGUUCAUUUUGUAUUAAUUAUAAUAAUCUUAUUUUGAUAUCGUUUUAACAUUUAAUUUUAUAAAAUAA